UCUUUCCUUUGGCCUUUUUGUACGUAGUUUCUCCUUCGUCGCGUUUCUCGUCUAUCUGGUUCUUCCAUGGCGUCGUCAAGCUCAGGAAUUUCAAUUCCCGCUCCAGAGGCCGUACAGGUUCUGGUUUCUUCUCUUGCCGAUGAAUCUCCCAUGGUCAGAGAGGCCUCCAUGGCUUCUCUCGAGGAAAUCGCCGCUCUGAAUCCGCUUCUGGUUCUUGACUGUUGCUCGGCGGUUUCACGAGGAGGACGUCGGCGCUUUGGGAACAUGGCUGGUGUUUUUCAAGUAAUGGCAUUUGGAGUUCGGGCGUUGGACAAGAAGGAUCUUGAUCCUUCUUUCAUGGCUAAGCUUGCUAAGAUUGCCACGGCCGAGAUGAUUUCCUCCAAGGAACUAAGCACUGACUGGCAAAGAGCUGCAUCUUGGUUGCUGGUUUCAAUAGGCUCACAUUUUGCUGACCUAAUGAUGGAAGAAAUAUUCCUUCAUUUCCCAGGGCCAAGUUCCGGCUUACCUGCUAUGGUUCAAACACUUGCGGACUUUGCUUUUGCUGAUGCAUUGCAGUUCACACCACGAGUGAAGAGUGUACUUUCACGAGUUUUGCCGAUACUUGGAAAUGUCCGUGACAUCCAUAGGCCAAUUUUUGCUAAUGCAUUUAAGUGUUGGUGUCAAGCUGUUUUGCAAUAUAACAUGGACUUCCCUUCACACUCGCCUCUUGAUGGAGACAUCAUGUCAUUUUUGAAUUCCGCAUUUGAACUUCUAUUGAGAGUUUGGGCAUCUUCACGGGACCUAAAGGUUAGAAUAUCAUCUGUUGAAGCACUAGGUCAAAUGGUUGGUCUGAUCACUAGGACACAAUUGAAGGCAGCUUUACCCAGACUUGUUCCUACAAUAUUGGAAUUGUAUAAAAAAGACCAAGAUAUUGCCUUCGUGGCAACAUGUAGUCUCCACAACCUGUUAAAUGCUACUUUACUGUCAGAAAGUGGUCCUCCUUUACUUGAUUUUGAGGAGCUUACAGUUAUAUCAUCGACACUCCUUCCAGUGGUUUGCAUCAAUAUUGACAGCAAAGAGAAUUCUAAUUAUUCAGUUGGGCUGAAGACAUAUAAUGAAGUUCAGCAUUGUUUUCUGACAGUUGGCUUGGUAUACCCUGAGGACUUAUUCAUGUUUCUUCUGAAUAAAUGCCGGUUGAAAGAAGAGCCUUUGACGUUUGGUGCAUUAUGUGUUUUAAAGCAUCUGUUACCCAGGUUGUCUGAAGCUUGGCACAAUAAAAGGCCUUUACUUGUUGAAGCUGUAAAGUUAUUGCUAGAUGAGCAAAAUUUAGGGGUCCGAAAAGCACUCUCAGAGUUGAUUGUUGUUAUGGCUUCGCAUUGUUACUUGGUCGGUCCAUCUGGUGAAUCGUUUGUAGAAUACCUAGUGCGGCAUUGUGCUUUAACUGAUCAAGAUGGAAGUGAUCUUCAGAGUUUAAAGGAAGUCUCUACAUCAAGCAAAGCCCACAAGAGAUUAGAGGUGAAAACUGGGGCAAUUUGUGUAACAGAGUUGAGAGCAAUCUGUGAAAAAGGUCUUCUUCUGCUCACUAUUACUAUUCCUGAAAUGGAGCAUAUUCUUUGGCCUUUUCUGUUGAAGAUGAUUAUUCCACGAGUUUAUACUGGGGCUGUUGCAACGGUCUGCAGAUGCAUUUCAGAGUUGUGCAGGCAUCGAUCUUUUAAUAGUAGUGCCAUGCUUAAUGAGUGUAAAGCCCGUGCUGAUUUACCAAAUCCCGAGGAGCUUUUUGCUCGCUUGGUGGUGCUUUUGCAUGACCCUCUGGCGAAAGAUCAGCUGGCAACUCAGAUUCUGACAGUCCUUUGUUACCUGGCACCACUUUUUCCAAAAAAUAUCAACUUGUUUUGGCAAGAUGAGAUUCCAAAAAUGAAGGCGUAUAUUAGUGACACUGAAGAUCUAAAGCAGGAUCCUUCGUAUCAAGAGACGUGGGAUGACAUGAUAGUAAAUUUUCUUGCAGAAUCUUUGGAUGUGAUUCAAGAUGCUGUCUGGGUGAUAUCCCUUGGGAAUGCUUUUACCAAACAAUAUGAGCUUUAUACAUCUGAUGAUGAACAUUCAGCACUUCUCCACCGGUGCUUUGGCAUGCUACUCCAAAAAGUUAAUGACAGGGCUUAUGUCUGCAGUAAAAUCGAUUGGAUGUAUAAACAAGCUAAUAUCAGCAUUCCUACAAACAGGCUUGGUUUGGCAAAAGCCAUGGGAUUGGUUGCAGCAUCCCACUUGGACACUGUCUUGGACAAGCUGAAAGACAUUCUGGAUAAUGUUGGGCAAAGUAUCUUCCAGAGAUUCUUGUCCCUUUUCUCUGAUAGUUUUAAAAGGGAAGAGUCUGACGAUAUACAUGCUGCUUUGGCUCUCAUGUACGGUUAUGCUGCUAAAUAUGCUCCAUCAACAGUUAUAGAAGGCAGAAUAGAUGCGCUUGUUGGGACUAAUAUGGUUUCGCAACUUCUUCAUGUGCGUCAUCCUACAGCAAAGCAGGCAGUUAUCACUGCUAUCGAUUUGUUAGGUCGUGCUGUCAUUAAUGCUGCAGAAAAUGGUGCAUCUUUUCCAUUGAAAAGAAGAGAUAUAAUGCUUGAUUACAUAUUAACUUUGAUGGGCCGUGAUGAUAACAAUGAGGGUUUUGCUGAUUCUACUCUUGAACUUCUGCAUACUCAGGCUCUCGCCUUAAGUGCCUGUACGACAUUGGUCUCUGUUGAGCCAAAGUUAACAAUUGAAACCAGAAAUCAUGUACUGAAGGCUACCUUGGGGUUCUUUGCCUUACCAAAUGAUCCAGCGGAUGUCGUGAAUCCCCUCAUAGACAACCUUGUCAUGCUAUUAUGUGCUAUUCUUCUCACAAGUGGAGAGGAUGGGAGAAGUCGAGCAGAACAGCUAUUGCAUAUUUUGAGACAAAUUGAUCUAUACGUGUCUUCGCCCGUGGAUUAUCAAAGAAGAAGAGGUUGUCUUGCAGUAAAUGAGAUGCUUCUCAAGUUUCGAAUGGUUUGCAUUAGUGGAUAUUGUGCCUUGGGCUGCCAAGGAAGUUGUACACAUAGCAAGCAAAUUGAUCGCACCCUGCAUGGGAACUUUUCCAACUUACCAUCUGCAUAUGUAUUGCCAAGUCGAGGGGCCUUGUGCUUGGGGGACAGGGUAAUUAUGUAUCUUCCACGAUGUGCAGACACAAAUUCUGAUGUUAGAAAAAUUUCUGCUCAGAUUCUCGAUCAACUCUUCAGCGUCUCACUUUCACUUCCAAGACCAGCGGCUUCUAGUUUUGGCACAGAUAUAGAAUUGGCCUACAGAGCUUUGUCUUCCUUGGAGGAUGUAAUAGCUAUCUUGAGGAGUGAUGCUUCAAUAGAUCCAUCUGAGGUUUUCAACAGAAUUGUCUCCUCUGUCUGUAUUUUAUUGACCAAGGAUGAGCUUGUAGCUACCCUGCAAGGUUGCUCUGCAGCUAUCUGUGAUAAAAUUAAGCAAUCGGCUGAAGGGGCCAUUCAGGCUGUGAUAGAGUUUGUCACGAAGAGGGGGAAUGAGCUGACUGAAACGGAUGUGUCAAGGUCAGCCCAGGCUUUGCUGUCUGCAACAAUUCAUGUAACUGACAAGCAUUUACGUUUGGAAACCCUUGGUGCCAUAUCUUCUCUAGCCGAAAACACUAGCACAAAAGUUGUCUUCAAUGAAGUUUUGGCUCUGGCUGGUAGGGAUAUAAUUAUGAAGGAUAUAUCCCGAUUGCGGGGUGGCUGGCCAAUGCAGGAUGCAUUUUAUGCAUUUUCUCAGCAUACAGUGCUUUCUUUUGUGUUCCUGGAGCAUGUGAUCUGCGUUCUUAAGCAGACGCCAGUCCCUAAAGGUGAUUCGGAGAAAGCAGAGAAUUCUAGCGAAUCUGUUGAUGGUCAAAUAGAUAGUAAUAUCCUGCAAGCUGCUAUGAUUGCUCUCACUGCCUUUUUCAGAGGAGGUGGUAAAGUGGGAAAGAAAGCUGUUGAACAAAACUAUGCUUCCGUUCUUGCUGAACUUACUCUGCAAUUAGGAAGCUGUCAUAUUUUAGCCAGUUCUGGGCAGCAAGACCCAUUACGGGCUCUUUUAACUGCAUUUCAGGCAUUUUGUGACUGUGUCGGAGAUCUUGAGAUGGGAAAGAUUUUGACUAGAGACGGAGAGCAAAAUGAAAAUGAGAGGUGGAUCAAUCUUCUUGGGGAUUUAGCUGGCUGCAUCUCUAUAAAGAGACCAAAAGAGGUUCAAUCUAUAUGUUUACUUUUGACUAAAUCAUUGGAUCGACACCAGAAAUACCAAAGAGAAGCUACAGCUGCUGCAUUGUCAGAGUUUGUCCGGUACAGUGGUGGAUUUGGGUCCCUAUUGGAGGAGAUGGUGGAGGUGUUGUGUCAACACGUGUCAGAUGAGUCUCCAACAGUUAGACGCUUGUGUUUGAGAGGACUAGUUCAGAUACCAUCUAUUCAUAUUCUGCGGUAUACAGCUCAAGUUCUGGGAGUAAUAUUGGCUCUAUUGGAUGAUUCAGAUGAAUCUGUGCAAUUAACUGCAGUUUCUUGCUUACUCACGAUACUUGAGUCAGCACCUAAUGAUGCAGUAGAACCUGUUGUAAUUAAUCUUUCUGUUAGGCUUCGUAAUCUUCAGGUAUGCAUGAAUGCAAAAAUGCGAGCCAACGCUUUUGCGGCUUUUGGAGCACUAAGCAACUAUGGAGUUGGGGUACAUCGUGAGGCAUUUCUUGAGCAGAUACAUGUCGCUUUUCCCCGCUUGGUUUUGCAUCUGCAUGAUGAUGAUAUUGGUGUUCGAAAAGCUUGUCGGAAUACUCUAAAACGAAUUGUCCACUUGUUUGAACUGGAAGGAUUAUGUGCAAUCCUCAACACACAUGGUUUCAACUCUGAUCAUAGAAGCGACUAUGAGAACUUCGUCAGAGACCUCUCAAAGCAAGUUGCUCAGCAUCUCCCCUCCAGAGUUGAUACUUACAUGGCAUCAAUAGUACAGGCUUUUGAUGCCCCUUGGCCAGUAAUCCAAGCAAAUGCUAUAUACUUAUCGAGCAGUAUUCUAUCUUUUUCAGCUGAUCAGCACGUUUUGGCUAUUUAUUAUACUCAGGUGUUCGGAGUGUUGGUGGGUAAAAUGAGUCGAUCAUCAGAUGCAGUUGUUAGAGCAACAUGCUCUUCUGCCCUGGGUUUGCUGUUGAAAUCCAUAAAUUCACUUUCGUGGAGAGCAGAUCGACCUGAUCGUGCAGAAUUGUCGCUGAGGGGUCAUGAUUCUUGAGUGUUUUGAUUGGCAGUGCUCAAAGAUGCUAAAUCGAGCAUGUCAUACUGUUGAACCCAUUUCUGCAUCUUUGACACAAAAGGUAACUCGCUCCUUGACCUAACUCAAGUUUUAAUGAAAAUAGCUGCGGCUGAGGGUUCUUGGAGUUGGAUGAUAUGUUGAGUUAGGAGUAACAGAAGGUGUUGUAUCUGUUGUAAUUUUGUACAGUUGUUGGUGUUAAAUCUGCACUCUAUCGUGUGUCAAUUGUUUGUAAAUUGUGUGAUUGCUGCUUUGUCAAAUCUCUAUGUUGUGCCUAGAAGAAUUGUAUAUUUAGUUUGUUUAUAGAUAGGAUGUUGUACAUUAGAGAAUGUUGAAUACAUAAAACCAGGGUCCUGGAUAGUUGUGGCUUUCCUAAAAUGAUGAAGAAAGCUUUCUUGGUUUAUCUUUUAAUAUGACGAUAUGAGAUGAUGUGA